GACGGCCAACCUUUUUGGUCUAUAUUUCACGAUAGAAAAAUUCCCAUCUGUGCUACAGACGUCAAAAUUCCUACCACUUUUUCCCAACACCAUUGGACUUGCUCUUAUCAAAUGAAAAUGGCUACAAAGUGUUGGAAAUUUGAGGUUAACUAGAUAGCAAUUCGGAUCUGUUUAGUUUUAGUUGGUCAGUUUCCCCGUGGAUUUUCAGACAGCUCGCCGAAAUGUGUGAUGAUUUAUCGAAAUCGGGACCGAAAACAUUGUUCCAAAACAUCUUCCGGCAAAAUAAUGCUCUGUAAAAAUGGCGUCUCAUACUAAUUCAGCAGAGACCAGUUUCACAAACAAUGGAGACAAAUCGGUGUUUGAUGUGUGAAUCAUAAAAAGCCUUUGAUUUUGAUUAAACAUUUUUUUUUUCUUAACUCAGUAUCGGGGUGGGGAAUGAGUAAAAAACUUGAUGCUGAUCAACGAUUUAACCAACAGCGUUCCCCGGCCACCCCCAUACACCCCACCUACGGGAGGGAUAGGGUUCGUUCCAAUUCCACCACCGAUGCCUCCACCGCCACCGUACACCCCAUCGCCGAGCUAUCCGACAGGCGGUGGCCACUAUCCAGGUGGUCCUCAUUCCGGUUAUCCAGGAGCUUAUCCACACCCCCCUUCGGGUUAUCCGGCUGCCGUUCCAUAUUCGCAAAUGUCAUCCGUUCCAUCUCAGCCAGAGUUAGGGUCCGGUGGCCUGUACCCGUCCCUUUCGGCUGUCACAACCAGUCAUCAGUCACCGGAGGUCAAGCAACCUAAAACCAUGAAGCAAACCCUGGCCGAUGGAGUGCAACAAACCAAAGACUUCAUGAACGAUAUGUUGGGCAGGACUAACCAUACGCCGUCACACCCGGUACCCAUGACGAGUUAUCCAGCAGCACAACCGCAACCGAUGAACGCUCAAAUGACCAACCAUCCGUCUAUGCCUCCAUAUCCCGGAGUAGCUCCAAUGGCAGCCAGUACCCAUGCAUACCCCAGUGGACCAGCAGGAUAUCCAGUAGCUCCAUCAGCUCCACCCGGAAUGUCUACCGGUGCCAAAUUGGCUACCGGAGCCGUAGCAGCAGGAGCAGCUGCAGCCGUUCUUCACAACCUACCCAAAAAGGGAAAAAAGUCCAAACAUCUCAUGAAGUACGCUGCCGGAGCUGGGCUCCUGGGACUUGGUGGUUACGCCGUUGGAAGAAAGAUGAGAAGACGGCGUAGCAGCAGCAGCAGCAGCAGUAGCAGCAGUAGUAGUAGUAGCAGCAGUAGUGAUUGAUUCAUAUUUCAUUUGCAUGUUAUUAUCGAAUGGCCACAAAAAUUUAAUCAAUACGUAAUACAAUAUUUUUAA